UGUUUCGUAGUCUACUCACAGGUGAUCAUGAACGAGGAGAGCGCUCCGGCAGCUGAAUCGUUGGACUCCGACUUGCCAGCGAUCGAACAAGACGACGAGCUGUCGAGCAGUCAAUUCGGUCGUCUAACAAUAAACCAGGCUAGUCACGUGGCCUCGCUUGCCGUCGACGAAUCUGCAUUCCAGAAUGUCAGUUUGACAGUAGCAAGUGCGCAAGACUCUCCAUCGUCGUCUAAAACAACAGACCCGAAUGCACUAUCGUCACAAUCCGGAGCCGCCGCCGCCUCGCUCGCCUCAACCUUGGAGCGGUCCGACGGACAGGAUGAUGACGUCAGAGAGGAGGACUUCGAGCUGUCACAUGGCUCACUGGAUCUCCGACGGAGAGAAAGAACGUCGUCAAUCGACCGUUUUCGCGACUGGAGCGUGUCGACGUACAAAGUCACUCGCCAGUUUCUCUCAGAACGCUUCGGCCGCGGUUCGCGGACCGUCGACACGCAUAUGGAGUUCCAAGUGCAGUCACUGCGGGACAUACAGCAUAAGUACUCUGAUAUUAUCCGGGUCGCUCGCCAGCUGAGCGCUCAGCUGUUCGCCGUAUUCCAGACGCAUCGUGUACUCGGUGAUACAUUUGGUGAAUUAUCAGCCAAACAUACUGAUUUACAUGAUGAAUUCAAAUACAAUAGUGACACACAGAGGCUGCUGUAUAAGAAUGGGGAGACUCUCCUCAGUGCCAUUAAUUUCUUUAUUGCCAAUCUGACUACUCUUUGUACGAAGACUAUGGAGGAUACUUUGGCAACUGUGAAGAAGUACGAGGCGGCUCGUGUGGAGUAUGAUGCAUAUAGGACUGAUCUUGAGGAGACCGAGAAGGUGGCGGUUACGACUGACGCACAGAAAGCGAAGUUGGAAAUGACGAAGCAGGAAUUUACAAAACACAGACAUCAUUUCGACACUCUACGUCACGAUGUGUUCGUCAAACUUCGACUCCUGGAUGAAAACAGGGUCAAGGUAAUGAAAAAGCAGCUUUUAUUAUUCCACAAUGCAACUUGUGCCUUCUUCUCUGGCAACCAGCAAGCUCUAGACCAAGUUGUGAAAAGCUUCCACACCAAACUUGAAGUCAGAUCUCAAGCGCAAGCAUCAUCAUUUCUCGAGACCGAGCAGAAAUGAUGACAGACAUCUAGGAUUGUGUUUGUAGUGCUUUCUCAGUCUGGAUUAACAAAACUGCUGAUGCAUAACUAGCGUUACUUCGAACGAUAGUGAUAGUAUUCUGUAGCAAAUCAAUGAAUGCCCCAUGCU